GGGAGGGAGAGAGAGUGAAAUUGUCGUCGGUGAGAGGGACGAGGUUCUUCUGUGUGUGUGUGAGAGAGAGAGAGAGAGAGAGAGAGAGAGAGAGAGAGAGAGAGAGAGAGAGAGAGAGCAAAAAAAGCUAUGGCGGCAAAGCGUUGUUUCCACGUUGGAUCGGUGGAUGAAUUUAAGAAUGUCUCGGCCAUUCGAGCUGCGUUGGCAGAGUUCAUGGGACUACUCAUCUUCAAUUUCAUCUCCUGCGGUGCUGUUAUAGUUUCAGGGUUUUCCAGAAACUCCACAGGAGAUGUUGACUUCAACGCGAAGCUGGUCGCCAUAGCUUUGGCUCAUGGGCUGGCCAUCGGCAUCAUGGUGGCCGCUACAGCUGGCGUGUCUGGGGGCCAUAUCAAUCCUGCCGUCACCUUUGGGAUGCUGCUUACUGGCAGAAUCAGCUUGAUGAGAUCCAUCAUGUACUGGGUGGCCCAAAUUGUUGGUGCUAUUUUUGGAUCGGGUCUCAUCGCUGGCAUCGCACCCAACAAAGCUGAGGGUGGUCUGGGAACACAUCUCAUAAACAAAGCCAUUCAGGCUGAAGGUGUAUAUGCGGAGCAUCCUAAAGAAUACAUCCAAGUUGGAACCGGCUUUUUGACGGAGGUUAUCAUCACGUUCAUCUUGGUGUUUGUGAUUUGGGGCACAGCUGUGGACCCUCGCGGCCCGUCGGCCAUCGCUCCGUUGAUGAUCGGGCUCACUAUUCUUGCUAACCACCUGGUCGCCGUUCCAAUCACCGGGGCAUCCAUGAACCCUGCGAGGUCCUUCGGAGCCGUUGUCUGGUCGGGCAAGUGGGCCGACCACUGGAUCUACUGGAUUGGCCCGCUGCUGGGGGCUGCCAUUGCCGCCUUGUUCUACGAGUACGUCCUCCUUGCUCCUCCUCCCUCUCCCUCUGCACCGAAACAGCAAAGGAAGCUCGCUCCUGAAACUGAUCUCCCCGACAGCAGCGACAAGGCUGCUGAGGAGGUCUAAAAUCUUCGUUCCACAUUGUUCUUGUUUGAAGUUGUGUCCUUUUCUGUCCUUUCACGUUCAUUCCACUUC